GUGGGUGUUGAGUUAUGUUGGUUGUGUCGAUGGCUGAGUCAACAAAUAGCCAAGCUUUCUUGAGUCUCGGGGAGGAUCGCUGGAUCGCUUGGUCUUUUUGCUCUCCUUUUUCCCUUUCACUCUCUUUCAUUACUUCAUCCCAACUUCGGAACAUCGGAAGCAAUCCGAGCUCAAUGAUGUCAAUGACUAACAACAACUCUCCAUCAUGCAACAAAAUUUGCAGGGAUCACUUAGCUGGAUGAAUACCAGUCGCAACAGCAAUACCCGAACAAGCUUGAGUCCAAUCCUGCAGCAACAACGACGACGAUGACGUCCACGCCUCUUUCCGCUGCGAUCAGCUCCUCCGUUCGUCAGCCCUACCGCCUUCUCCGACCGGCCGUCAUCCUUACCCGCGCCACCAGCAGCAGCAGCAGCAGCAGCAGCAAUGCCAGCUUAAAUCUCCACCCUGCUACCCCCUCAGAUGCCUUCCAGCUGACCGACGUAUUCCUCAAUUCCUUCUCCGACGCCUUCAACCGGCGCUUAUUCCCCCUAACCGACGAUGUGCGCACCUGGUGGUUCGAGACAUUCACCCGCGACCUGGAGGAGACCGGGAAACCCGCAUCCGGCAGUGCCAUCCUCAAAAUCGUGGACGAGAGCCAGAGGGAUCCGGUGAUUGCAGCCUUUGCCAAGUGGAAGCUGUAUGCCGGCGAGCAGCAGCAACCCCAGCCACCACAGCUCGACGAGCAGAGUCUCGCGCAGAAAUGGCCCCCAAGCUCCGAUCAGAAAUUGUGUGAGGAAUUUUUCGGGAAGAUGGAUCAGGAGAAGUGGGAGGUCAUGGGGGCCAAGAAGUAUUACUAUCUCGACAUGCUCGCAACCCACCCCAACUACAAUGGACGAGGACUGGGGUCGCAGCUCUUGCGAUGGGGGCUACACCGGGCGGAUGAAGCUGGGAUGGAUACAUUCUUGGCCUCGACCCCUCAGGGCCGACGGUUGUAUGAGAAGUAUGGAUUUCAAGUGGUGAAGGAGUACGAGGUGGUGGAGGGACAUGUUCAGGCGUCAAUGGUGCGGCCUGUGCGGGAAUGAGCUGGCGAUUUCGGUGGUUAGUCAGUGAGUCAACAUAAUUAGUAAAAAUGGUGUGCG